ACUGCCGUAAAGCAGGAAACCAACAAACAAGCAGCUGCAAUUGUCAGUAGCUUUUUGACUGGUGUGAAUGUUAGAGGUUAUCAUCUUCAUUCCACUUCCCACCAAUUGUGAGGUGCACACUAUAAUAUACUACAUCAGUUCUCUAUAGCCUUUAUUAGUCAUUGAAAAAUCAUUGGAGUUCAUGCAAAGGUUUUAAUAUCAAAACAACAUGUGAAUAAAAUAGUUAUUGAAUUUCAAUUUCAGGAUGAGAAUUCUUGGUUCAUAAAAUGGAAGAAAAUUUCUCUGGUGGCUAUUCCCCAAUUGUUCGCAGUAUGGUUUUUCCAAUUGUUAUUUUUUUAAAUCUUUAAACAAAGCGAAUGAUGAGUUCAGCCCCAUUUCACCUUCUGCUUUGUACAGCGUAUGAAACUUUAUGCUGUUACAGACUUCCUUUUCAUUUAUAUUACACUUGAUUUUUAGUUUAGAUGUCUCUGAUGUUGAAACAAUGUAAAGAAUGUGUACUGAGCUUCUUUCUCACUGACCUUUUUAUCUCUUUAGAUAGAUGUGAACUCCAGAUGUCAAGUCUUAGACUGUGUCAGUCAGGUUUCACAGGCUGCAUUAAUGUCAAGUCUUAGACUGUGUCAGUCAGGUUUCACAGGCUGCAUUAAUGUCAAGUCUUAGACUGUGUCAGUCAGGUUUCACAGGCUGCAUUAAUGUCAAGUCUUAGACUGUGUCAGUCAGGUUCACAGGCUGCAUUAAUGUCAAGUCUUAGGCUGCGGCUCCAUUUGCCAUUAUUUAUUGCGCUGCAAAGUGUGGUUGUUAAGUCAGAGAUAUGAGAAGGUAGCGAACAAACGGAAGUGGCUCCACUAGCGACAGUCUGCAGCGUCAAACAUUUUACGGCGCGCCGUAGAAUGAAGUGUGGCGCGGAAAUGGAACCUGUCCUAUUUUUACGCUACACUACGCCGCCAUUAGAUGGCUCCACUAGACUGCAGACUGUAGUGCCGCGUCAGUCUAUAGCCUACAAGCACCCAACACGCAAGUCACACCGACAAGUGUUCUGUGUUUCAAGUUUUUUAGUACUAAAUCGUUUUAAGUUUAUUGAUGUGAGCAAUGGAGUUUGAACUUGAUUGUGAGGUUAUUAUAUUAGAAGUCGAGAAAUACCCCAUUUUAUACAAUAAAGGUGAUGAGAAUUACAAAAACAGAAAUGCUAGGAUUGACGCCUGGAAAAAAGUUACUGUGGGAGUUAUUGGCGAAGAGAAAUUAGUGGAAUUGGAAGAAGAAAAACUCAAUGAAAUAGGUAGGGAGAUACAGAAAAAAUGGAAAGCUUUGAGGGAUGCAUACUUUAGAUCUUUGAAGACACAGUUUGCAAAAAGUGGAAGCGGAGCGAGCAAAAAACGACCUUAUCCUUACCAGCAACAAAUGACGUUUCUACAGCCAGUGAUAGCGAACCGACAAACCUCAGGAAAUAUGGUAUUCGAAGAAGAAGAUUUAAAUGCUUUAGAAGUAGAAGAUGUACGUCAGUCUGCAGACCCUGUAGAUCCAGUUUUUAAAAAACCUACAAGUAAACCUAAGAAGGCAAAUUUCGAAACUCAGCUAAUUGAUAUUCUCAAGGCUCAACAGACAUCUAUUCCGACCCCUGGACCUUCUGAUGAUGAUGACAACAAAAUGUUCCUUUUAUCUCUCUUGCCAAAAAUGAGACAAUUAAGUGAAAAUAUGUCGUUUGAAUUCAGAAUCAAAGUAAUGCAAUGUCUACAGGAAUGUUACACCAAAAGCAAAAUGCUGGAAAAUGCAAAGCCACAUUGUAGCAACGCUCAACAACAACAACAUUCAACAAGGUCUACGUCUUCGGAGUUCCAAAAUCAAUAUGACGAUGUAAUGGGUAACUUCUCACCUGGUCAAAACAACGGUCUUAAUAGUCCAAAAAGUACCAUUUCACAGCCUCAAACUUGGGACGAAGAUACAGAUAACUCUGUUCUAACUCUUUUCAAAUUGUAAAUUAAUUUCAAAUGUCUGUAAAUGUUACAAUAUAACAUGCUAAUAAUAAAGAAAACCUGAUUUAGCACCAGUUAGUUAUGAUUCAGUUCAAUAAAGUUACCUUAAUGUUACUGAGAGCUUUUCUUCUAUUCCUAUUGCUUCUCUUAGGUUGGUAUCCUUCUUCUUCAAACUUGGCGAUACUGCUUGUAACAAGUAAUCAAAGGAGUUUUGAGACAUGCGAUAAAAUUCAAAAAAAUUGUCUGAAUACUUUCUUAAUUUGUUAUGCAACGUAUGAAACAUGCCUUCAGACUUCCUGUUGCUUAUUAUUGGGUGAAUCCACCAUUUUCUCUUGUGUAAACGGCGUCGUCUGUAGACUAAAAGUACACUGAGUAAAACAUGACGUAUAUUAACUUGCGGCAUGAUCACCGAUCAGUCCCGGGUCACGUUUACCGCCACAAUAACUGCUAGUGAAGCCACGGCGAGCGCGACGACACUGCAGAUUAUGGUUCGUAUUCUGUUGCUUGUGGAGCCACCCAACUGUCGCGUGUAGCGCGCGAAGAUUAUGGCGCGGUAUACUACGGCCAGUGGAGCCGCAGCCUUAGACUGCGUCAGGUUUCACAGGCUGCUUUAAGCAGAAGGUGAAAUUGAGCUGAACCCAACAUUGGCAUUUAAUCAACCCUUCCCACCAUAGCUACGUUAUAUGUUUAAACAAAGGUUGGAAAACUACCUUUGUUACUACUGUUAUUAUUCAAGGAAAUGAAAAUUGAAAAAUUUAAUAGAUUAUACAACACAAACUUUCACCUUCUCUUGUUUCUGAUACAAAAUCUCAGAAAACUCGUAGACAAUUUUUAGCCAUUUAAUUCACAACUAAAUCAAUUUUUUUUCUUCUAGACCUCUCUUUUUCUUGUCUGCCCAAAAGCAUUAUUUAGAUUUCUAUGUAUUGUUAACAUCAUUCUAGCAUUACACCAGCUUCACUGAUAUAAUAUUGUCACAAUUUCAUAACAGAAUAUACAUACUUAACUGGCUAACCUGUCUGACCAUUCUUAGCGAUGUAUUAGAAAUACAUUGACGUUGAUGGCAAAUUUACCUCACCAAUACUAAGCUUCUGGAAUCCAUCAGGCUUGUCAGCAACCCCGUCCACUGAGAUAGGGAUUUAUUUGCCAAUAUUCUGGCUUCACGCUGGCCAAGAAUGUAUUGGGAAUACAUUUUUUUAAUAAACAUAAUUAUUGUGUUCAUUUCAAAUGUAUGUGUUUACUACAUAUUUUACCUACAAUAAUAUGUGAUAGGGUUAUUCGAUGUUUAUUCUGUUGUCUGUACAAAUAAUAUAAUUUACUAAAAUUAAUGUGUCACAUUACAGAAUUCUUGUAAAGGUUAAUGUCAUGAGAUUGCCUUGUUCUGUUUUUGUUAAGAAAAUUGUAUAUAGUGUAAAAUUGUUUAAAUUUAGUUAAAGUAACUAGAUCUAUUUAGCAUGUCAUGAUUUCUUUGAUUUCAGAUGAGAUGGAAAUAAACAUUUAUAUUUUUUUAAAUCA